GACGUCAUUGAGAAAGACCGUGCCAUCACGGCCGAGGUUGAAACGAAUAGGGUUCCUCAGCCUAAGACGCCCGCCUAAGUCCAAGAUCUCCCCGACGACAUCCAGGGCUGCAUGACUACGAACCUGAAGAAAACUUGCCUGCUGACCAUGCUGUUGUCGAGGAGUUGCGGAAACGAACCCAGAGGAGGAAGAAUACAGCCCGCGGCCCAGAUUCUUGCUAGUAUUGUGUGUUCACACAGAGUCGGAGUGCAUAGUUCGAGGUGCACACAUUCCGACUUGCAUCUAAAGAAGCAAGCAUUGCUCUGUUCUUCUUGUAGGGCAUCAAUCACCAUACCUGUCUCGGGGUAUCACGGGACGACUCGACAUGCAGUGUAGACCAAUCUUGUUUUACCGUACUGAAGCUCAAGGCAGGGGAAUUGAAUGUUGACAGUGGCCUGACUGACGCCUCAAUUUCCUGGAUUUCGUU